ACUGUCCUUGGCCACACCAUGGUGGGCCUGCCGAGCCUCGUCCUGCUCAGCGCCUCCCUGGCUGGCCUUCUGCUUCCAGGGGGAAGUGUGUUCCUCCCCCGCGACCGGGCCCACAGCGUCCUGGAGAGGGCCCGGAGGGCCAACUCGUUUUGGGAGGAGAUGAAGAAGGGCAACCUGGAGAGGGAGUGCCUGGAGGAGACCUGCUCCUACGAGGAGGCCCGCGAGGUCUUCGAGGACCAGCAGAAGACGGAUGAAUUCUGGAAUAAAUACAAAGACGGCGACCAGUGUGAAAGCAGCCCUUGCCAGAACCAGGGCAAGUGCAAAGACGGCCUCGGGGAGUACAACUGCACCUGUGCCGAAGGCUUCGAAGGCAAAAACUGUGAAUUACUCACACGCAAGCUCUGCAGCCUGGACAACGGGGACUGUGACCAGUUCUGCCGGGAGGAGCAGAGCUCGGUGGUCUGCUCCUGCGCCAGCGGGUACAUCCUGGGCGACAACGGCAAGUCCUGCAUCUCCACAGAGCCCUUCCCCUGUGGGAAGCGCACCCUGGGCCGCAGCAGGAGGUCGGCCGACCACGGCAGCGAGGCUGCCCCUGAAGCCGGCCGGUCGGAGCAGGAGCCCGGAGACCUGGGCCCCACCGAGGGCCCCCUGCACCUGCUGAGCCUCAACGACACGGAGCCCGGCCCCGAGGAGGACGAGGACGAGAGCAGCCUGGUCCGGAUAGUGGGCGGGCGGGACUGCAGAGAGGGCGAGUGCCCCUGGCAGGCCCUGCUCGUCAACGAGGAAAACGAGGGCUUCUGUGGCGGCACCAUCCUGAGCGAGUUCCACGUGCUCACGGCGGCCCACUGCCUCCACCAGGCCAAGAAAUUCAAGGUGAGGGUAGGCGACCGCAACCUGGAGAAGGAGGAGGGCGACGAGGCAGCGCACGAGGUGGAGGUGACGGUGAAGCACAGCCGCUUCGUCAGGGAGACCUACGACUUCGACAUCGCGGUGCUCAAGCUCAAGACGCCCAUCACCUUCCGCACGAACGUGGCCCCCGCCUGCCUGCCCGAGAAGAACUGGGCCGAGGCCACGCUGCUGACCCAGAAGACGGGCAUCGUCAGUGGCUUCGGGCGCACACACGAGCGGGGCCGCCCGUCGUCCACCCUCAAGAUGCUGGAGGUGCCCUACGUGGACAGGAACACCUGCAAGCUGUCCAGCAGCUUCCUUAUCACCCCCAACAUGUUCUGCGCCGGCUACGACGAGCAGCCCGAGGACGCCUGCCAGGGCGACAGCGGCGGCCCCCACGUCACCCGCUUCAGGGACACCUACUUCGUCACCGGCAUCGUCAGCUGGGGCGAAGGGUGUGCGCGGAGGGGCAAGUACGGCGUCUACACCAAGGUCACCAACUUCCUCAAGUGGAUCGAGCGGUCCAUGAGAGCCAGGGCGGAGGCCGGGGCGGAGCCGCACCCCCAGUAAAGGUCUCGCUGCUGCGACCCCUCCCCGAGUGGCUUCUGGCCCCACGGAGGCAGGGAUGGGACUGGGGGUUCCCGGCCGCUCCCCUUCUGGCCGGGGCGGAGGCCUCGUUCAGCCCCCGCCCCGGGGUUUGGGGGCGCAGGGGCGGGGGCUGCCCCCUUCACCACCGGGAGAGGCCAGCUCCCUGGAGAGGGGGGCCGGUUUCCCAGAAACAGUCGAGCUGGGGGGCCCACGUCUGUGUGUCCACCCCUGACGGCCUCAAGGGAACCCUCCUGCAGUCAAGGCCAGGGCCUCUGUCCCCAGCGAGCUGGGGGGGCUCUGCACCAGUGGGAACUCGGGGAGCCGCACAAAUAACACCCGCUUUGUG